AUGUGGUCUUUAAUUAAGAAGCCAUUUUAAAGGCAAUCUCAAAUACUAAAAUUUAGAACUAGAGCUCUUUUAAGUUAUUUAUUUGAUUUAUACUCUCCAUUUUAAAAUAUUAGUGUGAAUGUACUUCAAAAAAAUGUAGUAAAAAAUAAUGCUGAAUGUAUUGUAUAUCAUCAUAAUUGCAAAUUUAAAUUUGGAAAACUGUAUGUACAGAAUAAACACUGAU